AUGGCUCUAGCUAUGCAGUCUGCAAUGUCCGGCGCGGCGCAGGACGCCGACCUCAUGGAUAUUGACAUUGACAUGGACAUGGAUGAUCAAGGACCGCCUCUUGAUGAUGAGUUCCAACUUGAAGAAGGCGAAGAACCCUCAUUUGUCCCCUCCGGCGCGCCCGCUGCCACCGACUCCUCCGCCCUCAUCCCAGCCAUCUACACCGAAGACCCGGCUCUCGAACCGCAAUGGAACAAAGUCCACAUUCGCGGCGUCGACGAAAUGCACACGAACGACAUCCUCGCCUUUGUACACGACCACUUUAGUGAAGUCGGAGACGAUGUACACGUCCAAUGGAUCGAUGACACCUCUGCCAACAUUUGCUUCAAUGACAGCGACACUGCCAAACGAGCACAGCUGGCAUUUCUCGCGAACCCCAUUACGAUUGAAGAACUAACAGACAACCCGUUCGAAGUGCGCGCUGCGAAACAACUGGCUAGCAGGCCAGGAAGUAUGCUUGUGGUUCGCGUUUCUCAGCAGGGUGACAGGAAGAAGAAAGGCGCCAGAGACGCGAGCAGAUACUAUCUCAUGCACCCGGACCAAGAUCCCACUGAACGAAUGCGGAAAGAAUUCGAAAACAGUCGUGGUGAUUACCGGCGCAGGAGAUUUGACGACCGCGAACUCCACAGACGGAGGAGAGACAAUGACCGUGCGACCGGUGAUGAUGCGGGAGGGUUUUCGGCAAAUAUGUACGAUGAUGCACCCACUACGGACACAGAGGUCAAUAGAGCAAGAGGGCGAGAUCUGUUUUCACGCGUCACAAAGGCGAGACGACGGAGCGCUAGUCCGGGGGCACGAACACGUGGCAGCGAUGAAAUCGACAUCUCAGAUUCGGAUGACGACGGACGGACUCGACGGAGAGGCUAUCGCGAUCGCGGUGACCGCAUGCGCUCCAAUGCAGGAAAAGAACUGUUUGGAUCGUCCACCUCGGACCCCAAGAUCGGCGGUGGUUUACGAUCCGACAGACUCGAACUCUUUCCCAACAAAUCUUCGGAUGUAGACACCUCGAUGUCGAGUCCUGCACCACCUAGACCAGCCAUCGACGCCGCACAGAAUCGUGCCAAUACCGCCGCAGCGAAGCGCCUGAAGGCCGAUCUUUUAUCCGCCGCGCAAACGUCCCCACGUUCAAAUCACCGCAGAAGCCAUGCCAUGGACGCCAAAAACGAAGAGAAUCUCGCAGAGAGGUUUGCCAGAAAGAGUAUUUCGAUCGACAGCACCAAGUCAUCGACGAGAAAUGGUGGGGCGUCAAAUGCAGGAGUUGAAUUGUUUCCGUCGUCGAGUAGUGGCGCAGGAAAUGCUGGCGGCGGUCUAUCUAUCAAAGGAUCGUCGUCCGAGAACGGAGGAGGAGGUCCAGGGGGAGGAGGGUUCAGUAUCAAAGGCGCUGGCGGGCUGAGCAUCAAAGGCCGCGCUCUCGAAGUCAAAGAGCUGUUCCCCAAUCAGUACAGUCGGAACAGCAACGGGAGGAAUGAGGGAAAGGAGCUGUUCGACGAGCCGGUGAGGGAGAAGCGGGUGAGGAGGAGAGCAGGAGACCUGUUCGACUGA